AAUAGAAAAUUUUGUUGAAAACGACGUCGCAGGUUGCUCUAGCCUGCAUCACUCUGGUUGAACAUUUUAGAACUUGUCCCCCGCUCACGUUCACUCCCUGAAAACUCGAAAAUGGUGAUGGAUUGUAGGAACUGGAACGAAGACUCCUAUAGGGAGUCAGUUCUUCAAGAGAGAGAAACUCAGUGCAGAACCGUAUUCCGAACCACUUUUGGCCCUAACAUAAGCUGCAACUCCACUCCCGACUGCCUAUUCGCCGCCACGAGCGACGGCUCCAUUGCCUCAUACUCCAUCUCUUCCCUCCUCUGUUUGAAUCGCGAGAAUUUCGAAUCUGGGAGGUUGUUAGCGCCACUUGCAGAGCCUAAUUGGAGGGUUCAAGGGCAUGAUGGACCUGCCUAUGACAUUACUUUUUACAGCAACAAUGAGGAUUCCAUAUUGUUAAGUUGUGGUGAUGAUGGUCGAAUUCGGGGAUGGAAAUGGAAAGAAAUGUCUGAAUCAAACAAAUCUACUCAAGAAAUCAAUUCAAAGCCAGUAAUUGACUUGGUCAAUCCUCAACACAAGGGUCCAUGGGGUUCACUUUCACCAAUCCCAGAGAACAAUGCUAUUGCUGUUAAUCCCCAGAAUGGAUCAGUAUUUGCUGCUGCUGGUGAUUCAUGUGCAUAUUGCUGGGAUUUGGUAUGUGCAUCUGUUAAAGGAGAGAAGUGAAAUUAAAAUGGUAUUUAAGGGGCACUCUGACUAUCUCCAUUGCAUUACUGCGCGCAAUUCUCAUGACCAGGUAAUAACUGGUUCAGAAGAUGGAACAGUGCGAAUAUGGGAUUGCAAAAGUGGAAAGUGUGUGCAAAUAAUUGAACAGGAGAAAGAUAAGGCGAAUAAAGAAACUUUUCCAUACAUUAGUUGUAUUGCUCUUGAUGCAAGUGAGAGCUGGCUGGCAUUUGGAAGUGGCCCAUCUUUGUCGCUUUGGAACCUUCCUGCUUGUCAUUGCAUAUCAAAGAUAGGAACACAUUUUGCUACUCAAGAUGUUAUAUUUGAUGACCAUCAAAUUUUGACAGUAGGAUCAGAACCUAUACUCAGCCGGUUCAGUAUGAGUGGGGAGAUUAUUUCACAGAUUCAAUGCGCUCCUGAAUCUACAUUCUCAAUCUCGUUACAUCCUUCUGGGGUCACAGCUGUGGCUGGCUAUGGUGCAUUAGUGGAUGUUAUUUCACACUUUGGAAGUCAUCUGUGUACAUUCCGGUGCAAAGGUUAAUGGGUUUCUGAUUGGUGAUGUGCCAUUUUUUUUUGUCUGCGGCUCAAAAUGUCCAGGGAGUGUUUGUUAGCAUCAAGACCGGAGUGUAAUAUCAAAUGUGUCUAAUUUUGGUUCAAUUGAAAUUGGUUUGAUUCCAAAAAUCGUGAUAUCUAUAUCUAUAUAUAAAUAACUAGACAAAGUACCCGUGCGAUGCACGGGAUACAUCUAGAUUAGAAGAACGAUUUUUUUAAAUACUUUAUUUUUAUUUUAUUUUGAUGGUAUGUAAUGUGUGAUUUGUUAGUUUUUUUGGAAAAGUGUGAUUUGUUAUAUUGAAAAGAUAGUAUAGUAGAUUUUAUUGUACCUUUGAUAUAAUGGUAGUUUGUAUGGAAAAGAAAAAUG